GUUUUGAGCAAAAAACUAAACCAUGGCUAGUCGCAUCUCCUCCCUCCUUAUGUGUAUCCUCUAUAUCUAUAGUUUCUCUGCUUUUCUAUGCCUUCAUGCCCAUGAAGCAAGAGAGAGUGCAGAAAACUACCAACUUCAUCAUUAUCAUACUGUCCAAGUCAGCUCUCUAAUACCAUCAACUACCUGCAACGCUUCUAGCAAAGGUCCUAAAAGGGAGGCAUCCUUAACGGUGAUACACAAAUAUGGCCCAUGCUUUCAAAGCAACAAAGACCAAUUACUGGUUCUUAAUCACACUGAAAUCCUCCUUCAAGACCAAUCUAGGGUGAACUCAAUCCACUCCAAGUUCUCUAAGAAUUUAGAUGGCAACAAAUUAAGAGAAUCUCAAGCCACCACCCUUCCAGCUAAAUCCGGUGGCACCAUCGGCACGGGUAACUACAUUGUCACCGUGGGCCUUGGCACUCCCAAAACAAAUCAAACACUUGCAUUUGACACUGGUAGCGACCUCACUUGGGUACAGUGUAAACCAUGCGCUAGACAGUGCUAUCAGCAAGUAGACCCAAUCUUUGAUCCAUCCAAAUCCACAUCCUACACCAACAUUUCAUGUCCUACACCCUUGUGCUCUCAACUCACUUCUGCAACAGGAAGCCCACGACAAUGCUCCUCCAACUCAAAGUGCAUAUAUGUUGUGCGAUAUGGUGACCGUUCAUUUACAGCUGGAUAUUUCAGCACAGAGAGGCUAACUAUAACAUCAGAUGUGGUGGACAAUUUCAUAUUCGGUUGUGGCCAAGACAACGAAGGCCUCUUUAAAGGAUUUGCAGGGUUGCUAGGCCUUGGUCGCGGCCAAGUUUCUCUUGUUCAACAAGCUGCUCAAAAGUACAAGAAGUUUUUCUCAUAUUGUCUUCCUUCCACAAUUAGCUCAAUGGGAUACCUUACUUUGGGAAAAGGCAGAGAAGUUUCGAGUUUCGUAAAGUUCACACCUUUGUUAACGCUUUCUCAAGGGCCAUCAUUCUAUGGCCUCAACUUGAUUGGAAUAAGUGUGGGUGGACAAAGAUUAUCAAUUCCCACAUCGGUUUUUUCGACCGUUGGUACCAUAAUUGACUCUGGGACAAUCAUUACACGUUUGCCUCCUACAGCAUACAGUGCAUUGCGAACAUCAUUUCGAGAAAAGAUGCGUAAUUAUUCGAUGACAAGCUCAAAUUCUUCGCUAUUUGAUACAUGCUAUGACCUUAGCAAGAGCCAAUCUGUUUCAAUUCCAAGCAUAAGCUUUUUUUUCGGUGGUGGUGUGAGCGUAGAUUUGAACAAAGUGGGUAUACUCUAUAUAUUGAGCCAAACAGAAGCUUGUUUAGCCUUUGCUGGAAAUAGUAAUCCAAGCGACAUUGCCAUUUUCGGGAACGAACAACAGAAAGGAUUAGAGGUGGUGUAUGAUGUUGUCGGAAGGAAGAUUGGGUUUCGUCCUGGUGGGUGUAGCUAAUGAAGUAAUAGUAAUAGGGUCAUGCUAAUUAAUGAGUGCCCUUAGAGUAAUGGUUAACAAUUUAUUUUAAGAAAGUUUUGACAUCACUUUUAUGGGAAUGAAAAAAACUGUUAAAAUAUUAAUUUUUUUUUUUCUUUUCCCAUAAAAAAACUUUCUUUAAAUGGAUUGUUAACCAUUAUCCUAAGGACAUCCAUUAACAAUUCUCAUAGUAAUAAUAUAAUAAAGUGAGCGAGUAACAAAGAAAACCUUUGUGUUAGCGCGUGGUGAGAAUUAUUAUGGAUUGAGAUAUAAUAAAUAAAUCCAUUGAUAAAAUCAAUGGAAAUGUUAAUGAAGGUCAUUGGACAUGAUUAACUCAAAUGUACUGUAAUUACCAAAGGUUUCUCUUAGACCUUUUGAGAAUGAAUAAUGCUUGUGUUACAUAAAGUGACACAACUUGUGCCACAACUCACCCAUGUAGUGAGUUGUGAGUGGUAGAAAUAUGAUGGUCUUUGUUGUAAUUAUCGAAUUAUUUAAAUAAAAUUUGCGCGAAAUUAGAGGAAA